ACCGCGACGUCAACGCCGCACUCAGUUUUUCGCAGUUGCACCGUGUAGAUCAGCGCCGGAUCGUGUUUGUGUGUGUUUGUAUUUAUUUUACCACCCCCACCAUCCAGCUGCAGCAUCCAGUGCCCACCGUGGUAGGAUCACAUAAUACCCACCUGAAAAUUAGGGCGCCAUAAUGGGAAAAACACCAGCCAUCGGGAUCGAUUUGGGAACCACGUACAGCUGCGUCGGUGUUUGGCAGCAUGGCAAGGUGGAGAUUAUCGCCAAUGACCAGGGCAACCGGACCACCCCAUCGUAUGUUGCCUUCAACGACACCGAGCGACUGAUCGGUGACGCGGCCAAGAAUCAGGUCGCAAUGAACCCCAAGAACACGGUGUUCGAUGCCAAGCGGCUGAUUGGGCGCCGCUUCGACGAUCCGAAGAUCCAGGACGACAUGAAGCACUGGCCGUUCAGCGUGAUCAGCGACGGGGGCAAGCCGAAGAUCCAGGUCGAGUUCAAGGGUGAGACGAAGCGUUUCGCCCCGGAGGAGAUUAGCUCGAUGGUGCUGACGAAGAUGCGCGAGGUAGCCGAGGUGUACCUGGGCGGCAAAGUGGCCGAUGCGGUGAUCACCGUGCCGGCCUACUUCAACGACUCCCAGCGGCAGGCUACCAAGGACGCGGGAGCCAUCGCUGGGCUGAACGUGAUGAGGAUCAUCAACGAACCGACUGCGGCCGCGUUGGCCUACGGGCUGGAUAAGAAUCUUAAGGGCGAAAAGAACGUGCUGAUCUUCGAUCUCGGAGGCGGUACGUUCGACGUGUCCAUCCUGACCAUCGACGAGGGCUCGCUGUUCGAGGUGAAGUCCACCGCCGGCGAUACCCACCUGGGUGGGGAGGAUUUCGACAACCGUCUGGUGAAUCACUUCGCGGAGGAGUUCAAGCGCAAGCACAAGAAGGACAUGUCCGGCAACGUGCGUGCCCUUCGCCGUUUGCGUACUUCGUGUGAGCGAGCGAAGCGUACGCUAUCUUCCAGCACGGAAGCCUCGCUGGAAAUCGAUGCUCUGCACGAGGGGGUGGAUUUCUAUUCGAAAAUCACCCGGGCUCGUUUCGAGGAACUUUGCAUGGAUAUGUUCCGUUCGACGUUGGCUCCGGUCGAGCGGGCGCUUGGCGAUGCCAAGCUGGACAAGGGCGCCAUCCACGAUGUCGUUCUCGUGGGUGGUUCAACCCGCAUCCCAAAGGUCCAGAAGAUGUUGCAGGACUUCUUCUGUGGCAAAGCACUGAACCUUUCGAUCAACCCGGACGAAGCGGUGGCAUACGGAGCAGCAGUGCAGGCAGCAAUCCUGAGCGGUGAUCAGAGCUCCCAGAUUCAGGAUGUGCUUCUGGUGGAUGUAACGCCUCUGUCGCUGGGCAUCGAAACCGCCGGUGGCGUUAUGACGAAGAUCAUCGAGCGCAACUCGCGCAUCCCGUGCAAACAACAGCAGACCUUCACGACAUACAGUGACAAUCAGAACGCUGUCUCGAUCCAAGUGUUCGAGGGUGAACGCGCUAUGACCAAGGACAACAAUUUGCUGGGAACGUUCAACCUGACCGGCAUCCCGCCGGCACCACGCGGUGUGCCAAAGAUCGAAGUCACGUUCGAUCUGAACGCGGACGGCAUUCUGAACGUUUCCGCUAAGGACAGUAGCACCGGUAAAUCGGAGAAAAUCACCAUCAAGAACGACAAGGGCCGUCUCUCGAAAGCGGAUAUCGAUCGGAUGCUCUCGGACGCUGAGAAAUACCGGGAAGAGGACGAACGGCAGCGGGAACGGGUUGCCGCUCGAAAUCAACUCGAGGGUUACAUCUUCAGCUGCAAGCAAGCCGUGGAAGAUGCUCCCGCCGGGAAGCUAACCGAUGCAGACAAGCAAACGGUGAAGGACAAAUGUUCGUCGGAGAUGACCUGGUUGGAUGCGAACUCGCUUGCCGAGAAGGAUGAGUACGAUCACCAUCUGAAGGAGUGUCAGCGGGUCUGCGGACCGAUUAUGGCUAAAAUGCAUCAAGGUGGUGGCGGUGCUGAGGGAGGAGCCUCCUCCGCUUCCGCCGGAGGAAAGGGACCCACCGUUGAGGAGGUGGAUUAAAUCCCGAUGGCGCAACCAUUUCUCUACCAUAACGCUUCAUUGCUGCCCAAAACUAUUAACAAACUUGCCUUCGCUUGUACGUUUAACAAUGUUUGAAUAAAUAACCGCCAUAACCGAUAGAAA